UUUAACAGAGGUUUCGGGAGAGGUGAGCCAUGGAGAUUUAGAGCAGUGGUUCUUUUACAUCCCAAGACAAGAGAGUGAAACUCGAGGAGGGAGACCGAGACGACUCACAACAACUGGGUAUUGGAAAGCAACAGGAUCUCCAAGCAUUGUUUACUCUUCCAAUUCCAAUUACAAUCAUGCGAUCGGCCACAAAAGAACCAUGGGUUUCUACACUGGCAGAGCUCCACAUGGAAAGAAAACCGAGUGGAUGAUGAAUGAAUACAAAGGCAUCGAAGUUCAUGCAGAUCAUAAUAAUCAACUAUCAAUGACAGCUUCUUCAUCAAACACUAGUACUAGUACUAGUACUCCUUCUGCUCCCACGUUAAGGGAAGAAUUCAGCUUAUGCCGAGUGUACAAGAAAUCGAAAUGCCUUAGGGCAUUUGACAGACGACCUCCAGGGAUUGAGAUCACAAGAAACCCUACCUUAAUCAUUCAAGCAGCUCCUGCUCAGGGUGCAAAUCAUCUGGAUCAAGGGUCGACAACGUCAAAUAGGAAUCCUCAGAAUAUGGGAGAUAGAACAAACUUAAGCUCACUGGACAGUUCAUCCUCAGGAGACCAUGGCUCUCAAUCCUCUCAACCAGAGCGAAGUUGGACUUUGCCAAUGGCCGUUGAUAAUGAAGCUAUUUGGGAAUGGGACGAAUUAAUGGAUAAUUGGCUCCAUUGGUUUUAAGGGGUGGACAAGAUGAAAUUGAAGAAAAGAUUACGUUUCUACAAAUGAAAUGUUUAAUGGAUUAAUGCAGGUGGAAUCAUUUGUAGGGUUUAACCGUUCUAAGGUAAAGUUUGUGCUACAAUUUGGAAAAGAAAGCCAAAUUCAUAUUGUACUAAACUUGCCCUCACCAGUCUAACCAAUCUUGAUCCCUUUUGCUUCGUUUGAAACAAAAACCAAUAAGUUCUUUGUCUA